ACCACAGAAAUAAUAUUUGUGAAUUAUUUGAUGGAAGGCAAUGGCAAAGCAGAAGGCGCCAUUGAAAUGUUUGAAGCUCAGGCUCAUAUCUAUAAGCACGCAUGCAACUACGUAAACUCCAUGGUUCUUGCCACUGCAAUUCAGCUAAAUAUUCCAGACAUAAUCCACACCCAUGGAAAACCAAUCACCAUUCCCAACCUUGUUUCUGCACUCAAACUCCCUCCUCACAAAUCCAACGCCAUUUUUCGCAUCAUGCGCUUGUUAACUCACAAUGGCUUCUUUGAUUCAACAAAACUCAAUGAAGAAGAAGAUGGGUAUGUUCUCACAGCUUCUUCAAGGCUACUCCUCAAAAGUCAGAUUCCAAAUCUGUCCCCUUUCGCCCUAUUCGCGGUGGAUCCGGUGAUGUUAGCGCCAUGGAUGGUUUUGGGGGACUGGUUUUCAAGAAAUGAGGAGUCCAGUGCGUUUGAGACCGCGCACGGGGCUCCUAUGUGGGAGUUUUGUGACACGAAUUCACGGUUCAACAACGUUUUCAAUGAGGGCAUGGCUAGCGAUUCCCAAAUGAUGAGAUUAAUUGUGAAAGAUUGUGAGCAAGCGUUUGAAGGAGUGAGGACGCUGGUAGAUGUGGGUGGCGGCACUGGAAUGAUUGCUAAGCUAAUCUUGGAGGCAUUUCCUAGGUUGAAAUGCACAGUGCUUGAUCUCCCUCACGUUGUUGCAAAACAAACUGAGUGCGAAAACCUUGGAUUCCUGGGAGGGGACAUGUUCCAUUCAAUUCCUUCUGCUGAUGCCAUCAUGUUCCGGCAUAUUAUGCAUGACUGGAGUGAUGAGGAGUGCGUGAAAAUACUAAAGAAAGGCAGAGAAGCUAUCAUGGCAAACAAGAAUGAUGGAGUGAAGAAGGGGAAGGUCAUCAUCAUUGACAUGGUUUUGGGCGCAGAAGAAGACAAUGAAAGAGACGUAACUGAAAUGAAGCUGAUUUUUGAUGUUCUGAUGAUGGUUCUUGUUACUGGGAAGGAACGAACAGAGAAGGAAUAUGAAAACCUGUUCACUCAAUCUGGCUUCACUCACCACAAGAUAACCCCAAUAUUUGGCCUCACGUCUCUCAUUGAGGUGUUUCCUUAAAUUAGUACCCACUUUUGAUGAAGCUGAUGAAGUGAGCACCAAUCAGCAAAAGAGGCAUCCUUGUAUUUUUUUUUUUCCCUUCUCUUGACUCUGUUAUAACUACCAAGCGUGUAUAACUAGGUACUGUAACUUCUUCUUGUUCAAGUUUUUACAUUAAGCAACAAACCAUUUCCAGUUUAA